UUAAAGAAACAAAAACUAGUCUGUGGAAGACACACACAGGGAAGCCAGCUAUAACUCUCUCUCUAUCUCUCUCACAUAUACAGUAGAAAAGAAAAGGAAGAAAGAUAUGAGUUUGCUCAGCUGGGUUCUGGCCGUGCUGAAUUGGUUAAGUAAUUUCCUCAUUAAUCAGCCGGGCGGCUUUAAUCCCUUUAGAGUUAGACCAAAAGAGGUCAACAUCUUGCUGUUAUUCCAGGACAUGGUCUGCCUAAACCGAAUGGUUUCACGGGAUGAGCGGGAUCCGAUGAAUUCGUGGGUGUCUAUUAUUGGGAAUAUCAAGUAUAAAUUUUUUUAUAUUGGAGGAUAUCAGAUGGCUCAAAGAGUUUUGAGAGACUAUGGCAAGAUGGAUGCAGUUGUGUACGUUGUGGAUGCUGAGGCUCUAACUCAGGAGGAACUUUUGGGGCCAGGAGAAGAGCUGAAUGCUCAACUCUGGGAUCAUUUUCGGGGUCCAAGAGAAGAGCUGAAUGCUCUACUCUCUGAUGAAGCCUUUGCGGAAGCUCCAUUCCUUAUUUAUGGCUUAACAACUACUGGAGCUCUUUUUCAAUUAGAAGAGAUAUUGUGUUACUUCCUCGGAUUGCCCAAUGUCACCAUAGAGCCGGUAGACGCAAAUGCCCGUCCCAUUGGGGUUUUUGUGGCUCAAGUAUUACACGCAGAAGAUAUUCUAGAUGAUUUCCAGGGGCUUUCUCACUACAUUAAGUAGUGGUAGAGGUGGUUUCUUUUUUUUUUUUUUUAAUACACGCAGAAGAGUGUCUAGAUGGUUUCCACUGGCUUUUUCACUACAUUAAGUAGUGGCAGAGGUGGUAUCUUUUUUUUUGGAGAGAGAAUACAACUUACAUAUGCAUCAAACAUCCCUCUCACAGUGAGGUGGUAUCUUAUUUUUCUUAUAGACAUUUAAAUGAAGAUUUGGUAUUUUUUUUCCAA